GAGUGGGGAUAAACAGACAAAGCGUGUACUCUCCAUUUACCGUGGAUGAACUCUCCCUCCCCCGGAGCCCCUGCGAUUACGCACAGGCAACCCCGCAGCACGUGUGGGCGUGGUCUGCGCUUUUGAGCGGGCGGGGACAACACGGCGAAUGGGCGUGGUUUAGCCGUGGUGGGCGUGACCGGGGCAGCUCUGCCAGGGCCGCCAUUUUUGCACAGGGAUUGAAGGGAUCCUAUUUUUUAUCAGUCGGUUUUAGUAGGUGUAAAAUUGGGGUUUAAAUUAAGCAAAACUUUACAAAACUGUAGGCUAAGCUUAGAGCAGGAGUCCGAAGGCUGUGCGGUGAAAGGAGAGAGAAAAUAGCAGCACACGAUCAGCUUUUAUCCUUUUCUUAAAUCUGCUUUGCUACAUCCGCAGUGGAGACUGAAGAGUAAUUGUUUUGGUGCCCUGUUUCUCCAUUCAAGGCUUUUUUUUAGUAGAUAGUGGACGUUAAAGGUUGUGGCGAGAAAUACGAAGCGUGCGCUUUAAGCCAGGCACGGAGGAGGGAAGCCGAGUGAGUGGGCACAUGCCGGCGUGACUUCAGGAGCUGAAGGGCUUGUGGAUGCACUUAGAUGUGUGCAAUGAGUUCUGCGGCUGGCAUGCCUCAGUGUUUCGGAUCGUGUUCUGGACUCAGUAGGACUCGAGACUCGCAGCAGCAGCGCAGAGAGCACCGAGCGUCAUGAGCUUAGCCAUCCCUACGGGGGUGGACACGGCCAACACAGCGUACCUCGACAUGGCUGCCGGAUCAGAACCCGAGUCUGUGGAGGCCAGCCCUGUGGUAGUGGAGAAGUCCAGCUACCCUCAUCAAAUCUACAGCAGCUCGCACCAUUCGCACAGCUACAUCGGCCUGCCGUACGCCGAUCAUAACUAUGGGGCACGUCCCCCGCCCACACCGCCGGCGUCCCCUCCUCCCUCGAUGGUGAUCCGGCCGGGUGAGGGUGUGUUUCUGUCCGGCGGCCGAGCGGGUGAGGGUGUGUACGUGCCGGGUGGUCAGGACGAGGCGUCCAGGGGAACCACGCUCAGCACCUCGGAGGACGGCAGCUACGGCGCAGACAUCACGCGCUGUAUCUGUGGCUUCACGCACGAUGACGGCUACAUGAUCUGCUGCGACAAGUGCAGUGUGUGGCAGCAUAUAGACUGCAUGGGGAUUGACCGGCAGCACAUACCCGAGACCUACCUGUGUGAACGCUGCCAGCCGCGUAGCCUGGACCGAGAGCGCGCCAUCCUGCUGCAGACCAGGAAACGAGAGAAUAUGUCUGACGGGGACACCAGCGCUACAGAGAGUGGUGACGAGGUUCCGCUGGAGCUUUACACAGCUUUCCAGCACACGCCCACCAGCAUCACGCUCACCACUGGCCGCCUCGGCAACAAACAGGCCGACAAGAAACGAAAGAAGAGCGGAGACAAGGAGCCUGCGGUGCCGGCCCGCGCCAAAAAGGCAUUUCGAGAAGGCUCCAGGAAGUCCAAUAGAGUAAAGGGCUCUGCUCCGGAGUGUGAGCCGAUGGAGCCUCCGUCUCUGUGGGAGAAUAAGGUGAAGUCGUGGAUGGAGAGAUACGAGGAGGCCAGCAGUAAUCAGUACAGUGAGGAUGUCCGGCUACUGCUUCGUGUUAAAGAGGCUCGAGACGGGAAAACACUCGCCUACACACACACUGCUGCCUUUAAACCGCCUGUAGAGAGUCACGUUCAGAAGAACAAGCGCAUCCUGAAAGCGGUUCGGGACCUGGCUGCAGAUUCACUCAUUAUCGAAUACAGGGGAAAGGUCAUGCUCCGGCAGCAGUUUGAGGCCAACGGUUACUUCUUUAAAAGGCCGUACCCCUUCGUGUUGUUUUAUUCCAAGUUUGACGGAUUGGAAAUGUGUGUAGACGCUCGCAGCUUUGGAAACGAAGCACGUUUUAUACGCCGGUCCUGCACCCCCAAUGCAGAGGUGCGGCACGUAAUAGAAGACGGCAUGUUGCACUUAUAUAUCUACUCCCUGAGGUCCAUCUCUAAAGGCAGUGAGAUCACCAUCGGUUUUGACUAUGACUAUGGCAGCUGUAAAUAUAAGGUGGACUGUGCGUGUGUGAGGGGGAAUCAGGAAUGUCCCGUGCUGAAACACAACCUAGAGCCCACAGAGAACCUGGGGUCGGGCACGCGGCGCCGGGGACGAAAGGAUAAAGAGCCGGUGGGACGGGAUGACAGUGGCCAGAACCAGAACCUCACGCUGGACUGCGACCUUCCGAAAGGGAAGACGGGCAAUGACGGCAAACAGCGGAAACUCUCACCCCUGCGAGUGUCCAUCUCCAACAACCAGGAUCCUGAGUUAAUAGAGGAUCUGGAAGAGAAAACCUCCGUUAGCAAUGAAGUAGAGAUGGAAUCAGAGGAGCACAUGGCAGAGAGAAGGAGGAAGAUGACCCGUGAGGAGCGGAAGAUGGAGGCCAUCCUGCAGGCAUUUGCACGUAUGGAGAAGAGGGAGAAACGGCGAGAGCAGGCUCUGGAGAGAAUCGGCACCAAAGGAGAGGUUGGAACACGCAGUGAUAUCAAAGAAGAACCUCCUGCUACACCUGAGGCUGAAUCACCUGCUACUGUACAACUGCCCUUGCUGGAAACAGUGAAAGAGGAACCGGGUCAGAAGCCGGCGAAGGUUAACCGGAACAAGCAAAGGAAGAGUUUCUCCCGGAACCGGACGCACAUCGGCCAGCAGAGGCGCCGCACACGCACUGCCAGCGCCUGCUCCGACUUACCGCCCGGGUCCCCCGGAGACCUUCUGGAGCCGUCAGCAGGCGAGACGCAGGAUGGGGAGACUCCCUCUGCGCCCGAGGCUGAUGCCCCGCCUUCCAGUGCCCCUGACGCCAGCCCACCACACAGUGGUUCACCCGCACCAACCUGUCGCAGUGGGCAAAAAUACCCAAAAACUAAAAAGCACUUAGUGAGUGAGUGGAUGGGUGUGGAGAAGCAGGAGCGUGUGAGUCGGACCCCGGAGCCGGUACCGGAGCGUCCGUUGAGGAUCAGCAGUGACCCGGAGGUUCUGGCCACUCAGCUGAACUCCCUGCCCGGUCUGUCUUGCAGCCCCCACGUUUACAGCACGCCCAAGCACUAUGUCCGCUUCUCCUCACCAUUCCUGGCCAACCGCAGCCCUAGUGCCCCCGGGGUGCCCACGGGCCGCCGCCGCUCCAGAGAGCUUCCAGAAACACCCCCCACUUCUGGAUCCUGUAAAAAGCGUUGGCUAAAGCAGGCGUUAGAAGAAGAGGGCUCUGUGAGUCCAGGGAGCCGUACCGCUCUUCUAAUGCAGAGUGAGGGUCCGCUCAGCCCGUCCAUUAAUGGAGAGUUGGACAGCCCACUCCCGUUCAAUGGAAACUGCCCUCUAUCAGAGCUGCCCACACCGCUGAAAAAGAGGCGUUUGUGUCCGCUGGACGCGUGCAUGUCUGAAUCGUCCACCCCAUACACCUCGCCAUGUGCGACCCCGACACGGGCAGAGCCCUCGGACACGCCAGGGACGCCUCAGCUGCUGAACACCCCGCCCCGGCUCCGCCCUGACGACGCCAGCACAGAACCUUCUACACCCACACACACCAACAUCAACACGUUACACACCGCGCCACAGGAGAGCGAGUCAUCGCUAGACAGCUCACCAGAGGGCAGUCGAAGACCCAGCACACAUGAGGCCGAGCGUCCUCCCUCGCUGUUGGCCUCCCCAAGCGUGCGGUCGCAGGUUUCUGAAAACCUCACCCAAGAACCAAGGACAAUUCCUGCAGGCUCUCAAAGCCCGGACCCCUCGCUCCCGGAGCCGCAGGACGCCGCAGGAGACGAGGGCAUGGAGCCUGAAAGCAGCACAGAGACCCCCACAACCUCCGAGCCCCCUGCCUCGUCGUUCCUCCCCUGGAUGAAGAGCCCAGAGCGUGGCGGCCUAUCCUUCUCUCCCGUUAACUCCAACCUGCGGGACCUCACGCCGUCCCACACGCUGGAGAUCGGGGCGUUCAGGCCUGAGGCUGCAGCGGCAGGGGGCUUCAGUGAGGGAGCGCCAUAUUACCCCUGCAGUGAGGAGGGGGGUGGCAUGGCCUUCACACGAUCGCUUAGCGUUGAUGGAACAGAGGGUGGGGGAACCUCUCAGAACCCACCACAGAAGAAAAAGGUGUCUCUGCUGGAGUACAGGAAGCGGCAGCGGGAAGCCCGGCGCAGCGGCGGCUCCAAGGCGGAGUGUAGUUCUCCUGUUUCCACAGUGCCCCCGGUGGACGUUUUCCCUAUUGCUGUAGAACCAGCCCCCGAGGCCACGCCCCCUGCAGCUCUGCUGCCUCCCCGGACCCCCCAGCCUAGUGACGACCCUGAUGCCCCCCCACAGGGGGAGAGAGAGGGGGGCGAAGGACAGUGGACCUCUUCAACAUCGGUGGAGCAGGCCAGGGAGCGCGGGUACCACAGGGCAUUAUUGCUGAGUGACCAUCGCAAAGACACAGAUGGUAGCGAGUCGGAAACUGGUGAAGCUCCAGUGAGGGAAUGCCCGUCACCCAAAAGCUGCAAGAGUCCCUCAGCACACACAUUCUGUUCUCCAGGCUCCAGCGCGGCGCCCCCGCCAUCCUUCCGCUCAUCUAAAGAGGAGGACAGCGACCCUCAGUCUCGCCCCCCGGCCCAGCCCCAGCCUCCGUCCGUCCAGCAGCCUGCCUCCAAGCCUCCUGUCACCAAACCUGCCCCUCUGACCCCCAGCAAGCUCCACUGCAGCACUUCCGCCGCCCCCCAGGGUCACUACCCCACCCCCUCGCUGCUCUCUUCUCCGAAACCCCAGCCCCAGGGUUCUCCGUAUCGUGGCCAGAGGGCGUUUCUGUCUCCACAGCCUCAAAACCAGCAGCCGCAGGCUUCACCUGGACCCGCAGCGUUCUCACAGUACAACCCACAGAACGCACCGCCUCCGCCCCCUCCACCGCCUCCGGCACCUCCUGCCACGGCCACCUACUUCCAGACGCAGCCUUCUCCAACCACAGCACCGUUCCCCGGGCUCAAAGCAGCCGUGACGACCCCGUUCCCACCUGGAUCCCAGCCGCUCCUGCAGCCGCACCACACCAUUCACUUUCAGAGUAAUGCAGCUCCACCUCCUCCACCCCCACCACCUCCACCACACCCUCAACCAGGCCCCACCCUUCUGCAUGUCAACCUCCAGCCUCCUCCUAUACAGCAGCACCAGCUUCUUCUAAGCCCCGCCCCUCCUCCGCCUCCUCCCCCGCCCCCCCAAAGCCAGAGCACUCAACCUUCCAUAGUGCAGCAACCCAACACCAGCACCUUGCUGUCAAUCAAGCAAGCCCCGCCCCCACCACCCCUCCCACCUCCACCGCCGGCACCUUCUAGUGGCGCACCGCCGCACCCUUUUCAAAACAUGGCUGCCUUCCAACCCACGCUAAUCCACCAAUCAGCAGCAGCCACCAAUCCCUCAGUACCACCCUCCACCUAUCAACAGACUGUGUUACCACCCCCUCCUCCACCGCCUCCUCAACAAACCCAGCCCCCUCAGUCCCCAUCCAAUCCCAACGCUCCACAGAUUAACAGCGGCAACCGGGGGCCCCCUCCUCCUUCUUCGGCCGCCUUCCAUAACGCUGGCUACAUGGGAACGGGGUGGCACUGACCAAGCCCACUUUACUUGCCCUGGAGAGACUCACCUGGAGAGAACCAGGCAGUGUGGACACACGGUGUAAACAUAGGCAAUCUCGACGUUGGCUGUAAAUAUUAUUUUCUAUGAACCUUUAAACACGGCCGAAUGAAAAACAGGAACGGGGCGGAGAAGAACCGGAACCAGAGAAACCCUUUCAACAAAUAAACGAAAAUAAAUAAAUAAAAAAAACUUUUAAAAAUAUGAAACAGAAAACUGUAAACAAUCCAGAAAGAGAGACUUUCUGUAAACAAAGAAACUAGGUGGAUAUGAUUGAUUAGUGGUGCUUCAUCACUUAGCCACACCCCCUUUCCCACAGGCCCCCCCACUCAGUUUCUUUCUCCUCGUCUACACUUCUGUUAUUUGUCUGUUUUACCCCUCUUCUUCUUCCCUUCCUGUUUUUAUUGUUUUCAUUUCUCUGUUUUUUGCUUUCUAUGGAUCUCUUGUCCACACCCCUCUUUCUCUUUGUUUUUAGACCUUUAUCAUUAUAAUUUUUUUUUUGUUUGUUUUUGUCUGUAUGAUGGACAUUCCAUUUCCCAUCCUUUAGCCCCCCUCAGCAUUUAUUUGUUUAUCUAGUGGUUCAUUUAUAGCAGAAAGAAAAGCUUUUUUGUAUAGAGAGAAAAAAUACAGAAUUAUUAUUUUUUUUAAUCCUCCAUGUAACGAGAAAAACAAAAGAAAAUAUCUGCACGGCUGCGGAAGUGUCCGGGAGAGCCCUUUGUAUGGUAGGCCGUUUCAGUGCUCCAGAGUGUGCACUUGAGUGUGUGUGUGUGUGUGUGUGUGGCUGUGUUCAGAUUGCAGGCAAAUGGGAUUUUAUUUUCAGAUCAGAUCUGUUGAGAGGACUCUCCUCACUGUCAUUUUAAGUGAUCAGAUCAGAUUUGCUUGUCUAGACAUCACAAAUGUGGGUUUGGUGAGGUCGUUGUUUUUGUGUUGCAAGUGACACAAAAGAAAACACUUUGAAUCCAGUUUGACUGUGUUCAGACUGCCAGCUCAAAUCUGUAUCCAGAUUUAUGUUUGACAUUCUGGACAGUAAAUCGAAUGCAAUUUACACAAGAAUGUGGUUUAAAUGUGCUUUCAGUCAUGCACCCCCGGAGGGCACAGGAGGUGGGAUUGGUUAAAAGGCUGGGGUUUGCUUAAUUGACAUUAGUUACACCAUGGAAGGCUGAGCGCUCGAUCUAGAUCAAUUCGGAUUCAGGGUGGCAGUGUGAACACAGCCUUAGAGUGAAAGAACACAGAAGAAGGGUUUGUAUGCACUUGUUUGUCUAUAUAUAUGUGUGUGUGUGUAUAAGGCGAGGUAAGGUAAGCCAGGCUCGGUCGGCCCGUGCAGGGGGGAUGUUCCUGUCGGCCGUAAGCGGUUUAUUUUUGAAUAUCAAUGGUUAUUUGUAGAAAGUGUAAUUUAAUGUAUAGGUGGUCUACUCGCGCUUUCUCCAGAAACAGGUGUAAAUAUGGGCUUCUUUUCUUUUCUACGCUUGUACAAUUCGCUCCCAUCCCAUUUUUGGAAUAAGGUUGUAAAUAUGAGCGGCUCUUGGCAAAAAAAGAAAAACAGACAGAGUAAAACAGCUGAAUGUUUCUGUGACCGUAGCACUAUUUUUAUUUCCUUCUCUCUGAAUUUAUUCAAUUUGUCUCUUUUAUUUUUUAUUAUUCGUGUGUGUGUGUGCGCGUGUGUGUGUGAGUGCGAGUGUAUGUGUGUGUGAAGAGCAGACGCUCACAGACACAGCACUGGUUGGAUAUUUUCAUGGUUCAUUAUAAUAAAUCACUGUAAUGACAGUUUUAUACCA